GACCAUUGUAUUUUCUGUUUGGUGGUUGAGAGAAAUGCAACAACUCAAAGUUCUUCUAUGGAUCCUCAUGGCAGAGCUAGCAACUUUGGCCACUGUUGAUAGCUUCAUCUUCACUAAUGGAUUCACCAACACCAAAUUUAUACUGGAUGGAGUAGCAUCAAUCACUGAAAAUGGAGUCUUGAAGCUCACCAAUGACACUAAAGAUGCUACGGGACAUGCCAUCUAUCCGACACCAUUUAACUUUCUCCAACCUUCAACAGGUAAGGCUGUCUCCUUCUCCACCACCUUUGUGUUUGCCAUAAUUCCUCAGGAGUACUAUGGUGACGGCAUGGCCUUCUUUAUCGCUCCUACUGCAAACUUUUCCACGGCCAUGGCAAGAAAGUUUUUGGGCCUCUUCAAUUCUAGUGACAAUGGUGAUUCAUCAAACCACAUUGUUGCUGUUGAGCUUGAUACCAGGCAGAACAUUGAUAAUGACGACAUUGACUCCAACCACAUAGGCAUUGAUAUUAAUGGCGUGAAGUCUAAUUUGUCUCACCCUGCUGGUUACUUUAAUGAUCUGGCCAAUGAGUUCCACAACUUGAGCCUUGUCAGUGGGGAGCCAAUGCAAGUCUGGGUGGACUAUGAUGGUGGAGAGAUGAAGCUUAAUGUUACCUUAUCUCCCAUCCAAAUACCAAAGCCAAAGAGACCUCUCUUGUCUAUGGUAGUCAAUCUAUCAAGCAUUCUUUUCAAUUCAAUGUAUGUUGGUUUCUCUUCAUCAACAGGCUCGCUUGUGUCUUCUGAUCACUGCCUACUUGGUUGGAGUUUUAAGUUGAAUGGAUUAGUACCUGAAGCUCUAAACAUCUCUACACUGCCUUCUCUCCCUGAACAUGCAGCAAUCAAGGAAAAACCAAAGUAUCUGACAACAAUCUGGUUGAUUGUAGGGUCUGUGUUCUUGUUAAUGAGCAUGGCUAUAGCAGUUAUCUUGAUCAUGGUGAGAAGAAGAAGGAUCAAGUUUGCAGAGCUGGUUGAAGACUGGGAACUCCAAUACAGUACUCAUCGUUUCUCAUACAAAACCUUGUUCAAGGCCACAAAAGGAUUCAACGACAAACAACUUCUUGGGGUCGGGGGAUUUGGAAAAGUUUACAAAGGAUUGUUGCCCAAAUCUAACACUGAGGUUGCUGUCAAGAGAGUAUCUCAUGAAUCAAGGCAAGGGAUGACAGAGUUCAUUGCUGAGAUAGUAACUCUAGGCCAGCUCCGGCACCGUAACUUGGUCCAGCUCCUUGGAUACUGUCGGAGAAAAGGAGAGCUUCUCUUGGUCUAUGACUACAUGCCUAAUGGCAACCUUGGUAGUUUCCUCCAUUGCAAAGAUAGGCCAGCUCUAAACUGGCCUCAGAGAUUGCAUAUCAUCAAAGGAGUGGCUUCUGGUCUUCAAUACUUGCAUGAAGAUUGGGAACAAGUGGUGAUACACAGAGACAUAAAGACCAACAAUGUAUUACUAGAUAGUGAAUUGAAUGGCAGAUUAAGUGACUUUGGUCUUGCAAGACUCUACGAUCAUGAUAUGGAUCCUCAAACAACAAAAGUAGCUGGAACUAUGGGGUAUAUAGCUCCGGAGCUUGCUAGAACUGGAAGACCAACUACACUGACUGAUGUUUUUGCCUUUGGAGUUUUUGUGCUAGAAGUUGCAUGUGGAAGGAGACCUAUAGACUUCAAGUCAAAAGAUGAUAAUCAAGUUGUGUUGGUGGAUUGGGUGCUAGAGAAUUGGAAAAAAGAAACAAUUCUUGAUAGCAUAGACCAGAGGUUGGGAGAUGAGUACAAUGUGGAUGAGAAGAAACUUGUGUUGGAGCUUGGCUUGUUAUGUUCUCAUACAUUACCAGCAUUAAGGCCAAGCAUGAAGCAAGUAGUUCAGUGUUUGAAUGGUGAUGCCCAAUUGCCAUCACUGUCAUCUCUUGCUUUCUCAAACUUUAACCUCCUGGCAUUGCAGAAAAAUGAAGGGUUUGAUAAGUAUGUGUUAUCACAUCCGAACUCCAGCAUUCCUUCAUCUGAAUUCAAUAUUGCAGAUUUUAGAUCCAUAAGCAGUGAAGGACCGAGUAUGUGAAGAGUAUAUAUUUAUUUCAGAAAACUUCAAUAAUUUUAUAUAUGUUAUGUUGAGUGUAAACCAGUAACUGUUAUACAUCUGUCAUAUCACUAAUAUAUAAUAUUAGCUAAGUGGGUUGCAACCUCUCUCUGUUUAGAGCUCUGCUUCUGCAACUCAAUCUCAAAAUUUCAGUAAUAAUCUUUUGAAUC